CAUCUCACACCAAACCUCAAAAAAAUCAUCUCUCUCUCUCUCUCUCUCUCUCUCUCUCUCUCUCACACACACACACACACACACACAUACACACAAAAUUCCAGCUCAUUUUAGCUCUUGCAUAUAAAGGAUCAUCCUCAAUCCUUCAUCUACACCUUCAAUAUGCUUUCUAUGAAGAAGUAAUAUCUUGUCAAGAACUUCAUAUUUUCAUGAUCAUGAUUUUUGUGGUUUGUUUUGGCACAUGUAAGAGAUGAAUUUUUCUCUUCCAUUUUGUAGCUCAUGGAACUGAAGAUUAGAGUUUGAUCAUUCCUCCACCUCAAGCAUCAAAAGCAUCUCCAAGUAAGUAAAUCAAUGGAGGGCAUAAACCCACUAUUAUUCCCUUGUUGAAUAUGUACAUAUGGUUCACUUAAGAGACCUCCUAAGUUGGUGCUUAAUAUGAAAUUCAUUGUGUUAUGUGUGAUGAUAUAUAUUGAUGAUUAUAUAUGUGGUGAAUCUUGUUUGAUGAUUAUAGAUUAAAUGUGUUGUUUUGGUGAAGUGCUAAUUCCUAGUGAUGGUCUUGAUGGUGAAGUUGGAAAUUUAAAAGAUUUAUUAUGCUUUCUUUAAAUAUCUUUGAAAAUGGAAUUUUAUUUUCUUAAUUUUCAAUUCACUAGUUGAAUAGUUUUGAAACAUUGACAUGUUUUCUCCAAAUUGAUUAGAAACAUAUUUGUGUCUAUUAUGAAAAAUAAAAUAUCUUUCAUAUGUUAUGUAGGGGAUUUGUUUCAGUCGACAAAUCCACGCAUUUACGGAGUUACAAAGUCAGUAGUCGUUAGAUUGAAAUCAGAUAGUCUAAAUUUUAAGUUUGGUAUUUUAUUUUUUAAAAAAUUAAAUAAAUUUAUGUUAAAAUCUGUACCGUCUAAUCUCAAUCCAGCUACUAUACUCGUAGUGAUUGCUUGUAUGCAUCGAUUGCCGACCGAAGGAAAUCCAAAUUCGUAUUGUUUUGUAGUACCGGGGCCUUCCUCUCUAGCUAGACAUGUUUUAAUUACUAAGGGGACCCCAAGAUAGUUGGAUGUAACUCAAUUAUAUCAUGCAUUCAAUACAUGUAGACCACAAAAUGGGUUGUAGCAAGUUUUUUGUCAGAAGAUAACACAUGCUCUACAAUCCCAUAUCUACCUUUUUGUUUGCUCUUCUUUAUAUAUUUAAUGCUAUAUAUGGAUGGUAACUUGUUAAUAAGUUAAUUGGUAAUUCAAUGAUUUGAAACUAUGAGUUUGUUUCAUGCAGUAGAAAACCAAAGUCAUGUUAUGAAUGUGCCUUUGGUCAUCACUGAUAAUCAAAAAGAAUGUUUUCAGAAUUCAAUAAUACAUGAUUAUAUGAAAGAAUAAUAGAAAAAACACUAAUCUGAAAAGGAAGAGACAUGUUUGGUACUACACAUUCCAAAAAGCUAAAAGAAACUCAAAUGAUAUAUCAAUAUCAACAAACACUGCUAAGUAUGUCUAUUUUUUGACACAACUUGUGAGAGUGAUAUUUCUUUCAAAUGCUAUUUGAAGAAAGAUAUAAAGAAAGAAAGUGACAAUUUUGAGAUAAGUCCAAACACCAAGUGUGGGCUCCUACCAUUUUGUUGCUAUAUUUAGCUUAAUAAUAUACACAGCACAUUACUGUGAAUUUGGUUUGUUUUUUCAGUAUGUGGGAAUCAGAAAGUGAAACAGCAGCUGGAAGAGAAUAUGGAGGUGGAGUUCUCACCUCAACCAAACAUGGUGUUAAGAUUGAAGGCUUUUAUCAAAGAGAGAACUCUUGGUUUGUUUCAUCUGAUAUUCCAAGUGAUCUUCAAGUCCAAAUUGCAGAAGCCAACUUCCACUUGCACAAGUAUCCUUUACUAUCUAGAAGUGGAAAGCUGAACAGAAUCCUAUAUGAUUCUCGCAAUCACGACUUGAGCAAGAUAGCUAUGGAUGAUCUCCCUGGAGGGGCUGAGGCUUUUGAACUUGCAGCCAAAUUCUGCUAUGGAGUUGCUAUUGAUUUGACAGCAAGCAACAUUUCUGGCCUAAGAUGUGCUGCCGAGUAUCUUGAAAUGACCGAGGAUCUAGAAGAAGGAAAUCUGAUAUUCAAGACUGAAGCUUUUCUUAGCUAUGUUGUUUUGUCUUCAUGGAGAGACUCUAUAGUAGUGUUGAAAAGCUCCGAGAAGUUGUCUCCAUGGGCAGAAAAUCUUCAAAUUGUCCGAAGAUGCAGUGAGUCUAUAGCUUGGAAAGCUUGUGCUAAUCCAAAAGGAAUAAGGUGGUCGUAUACAGGACGAGCACCGAAAGGUUCAAGCCCGAAAUGGAACGAAAUGAAAGACUCGAGCCCGAGUAGGAACCAACAUGUUCCUCCUGAUUGGUGGUUUGAAGAUGUUUCAAUCCUUAGGAUUGAUCACUUUGUUAGAGUCAUUACUGCUAUUAAGGUAAAAGGUAUGCGAUUCGAACUGAUCGGCGCUGGAAUAAUGCAUUAUGCAACUAAAUGGCUACCAGGAUUGGCGGCAAACGACACUGCAAUCCAAGGAGAGGAAACAAGCAACAGUAGUAGUAGUUUUAGCAGUGGCGGCGACAGUGGUAGCUGGAAAGGUGGACUUCAUUUGAUAGUUGCUGGUGGAACUAGAGAUGAAACUUCAAGUCUUCAAACUAAGGAUCAGAGGAUGGUUAUCGAGAGUCUCAUCAGCAUAAUUCCGCCGCAGAAAGACUGUGUCUCAUGUAGCUUCCUUCUCAGGCUUCUGAGAAUGGCCAACAUGUUAAAGGUUGCACCAGCAUUGAUUACUGAUUUAGAGAAAAGGGUUGGAAUGCAAUUUGAGCAAGCGACACUUUCCGAUCUUUUAAUUCCUUGCUAUGAGAAAAGCGAGACUAUCUAUGAUGUGGAUCUUGUUCAGAGGUUGUUGGAGCAUUUUCUUGUUCAAGAACAAACUGAAGGUUAUAGUCCAAGUAGACAAUCCUUUUCUGAGCACAAGCAUGCGGGAAGUAACUUGAAUGCUAAGGCAAGAGUGGCAAGGCUUGUGGACAGUUAUCUUACAGAGGUAUCUAGAGAUAGAAACCUUUCAUUGACAAAGUUUCAGGUUCUUGCAGAAGCUUUACCUGAAUCAGCAAGAGUUUCUGAUGAUGGACUAUACCGAGCAAUUGAUUCAUAUCUCAAGGCACAUCCAACACUAACUGAGCACGAAAGGAAACGGCUUUGCCGCGUAAUGGAUUGUCAAAAACUCUCGAUUGACGCCUGCAUGCACGCCGCUCAAAACGAAAGGCUACCACUAAGAGUAGUAGUGCAAGUUCUAUUCUCUGAACAAGUAAAGAUAAGCAAUGCACUAGCCAACAGUUCUCUAAAAGGCGGCGGACUUGAAUCUCAGUACCAACCAAUGGUAACAAACAGGAAAACACUUCUAGAAGGGACGCCACAAUCCUUCCAAGAAGGAUGGACAACAGCUAAAAAAGACAUUAACACGCUAAAGUUUGAACUCGAGAGCGUGAAAACAAAGUAUUUGGAGCUUCAACAUGAUAUGGAAAAUCUGCAGAAGAAUUUUGAUAAGCUUAUGAAGCAAAAACACACAUCAGCUUGGACUAGUGGGUGGAAGAAACUGAGCAAACUCACAAAAAUGACAAAUGUGGAAAAUCAUGACAUGAUUCCAACUUCAGAAGAACCAAACAAAAAAACAACUAGAAGGUGGAGAAACUCAAUAUCAUGAAAAACAUCAAAUUCUCAAUUGCUUAAGAACUGAUACCUCUCAAAUUAAUUUGUUGUUUGGACUUUUUGUUCAUUUUGGGGUCAUAUUUCAUUCCUUUUCUACUUUUGGAUAGCAUUUGAGCUUCUCUUAGUUUAAUUCUUUUUUUAUUGAGAAUUCUAUGAAAUUCAAAUAACAUGUAAUUUGUGACCAAGUCUAAUCAUAAGUUUCUUGUGUGAAAUUUCAACAGGCACUGCUGAAGUGCUUCUUUU